CUGUCUCUGUAGAGUUGGAACACACCUGUCUCUCUCUUUGUCUCUAGCUGAGGCGGUUCGAUGUGGUCGGCCUCCAUAAAGGCUCGGUAACGACUCUGGCGUGGAGCACCAACGGGAUGAAACUGUUCUCAGGAGACGAUAAAGGACGAGUUGUGUUUUCCUCUCUGGACCUGGACCAGGGUGUGUGUAAACCCGUGCUGCUGCUGGAGGAGUCCUCAGGUGUGGUCCAGAUGGAGUACAGUCACCAGGUGCUGCUGAUCUCAACACAGCACAGAUCUCUGCUUUACUGCACUCAGAAACAGGAAGUCCAGCAGCUGGGCACCAAACCACGCAAGAGCAGCGGCAGGUUCGGCGCCUGCUUCCUGCCGGCUCUCUGUAAGCAGAGCGAUCUUCAGGUAUUUGCUGCGCGACCUGGACUCAGACUUUGGAGGUCUGACAUCAGAGGACAGGUUGAGGACACUCGACAGCUCAAACCACUCUUCAACACACAGAUUCCUCAGUUUGAGUUGUUUCCUCAUCCUGGUCCAAUCGGAGCUUACCGUCCAGAAGACAGACAGCUCGGCCUGCUCAGCUGUUUCCUCAGAGACGGCUGGAUCCUCAGCUGGAACGAGUACAGCAUCUACGUCCUCGACUGCGUUAACGAGGUGAUCAUCGGAGCGUUGGAGAGCAGCGGAGAUAUUGUGUCGGUGUCGAGUUGUGACAACGAGAUCUUCAUCCUGAAAGGAGACCGAGACAUCAUCCGUCUCUCCAACAGCCCCGAGGGACUCUCUUCCAGCUCGCUGGAGCUCUCCAUCCAUCAGGCCUCACCUUUGGCCACGCCCACCAUCCUCCCACCAACUGGAUCGGUUGAAACAGCUCAGCCAAUCAGAACCAUGGCCAUCAUUGUAGAGGGUGGGGGGCGGGAGAAGCAGGGGGGGGGAUGGGAGAGGCCCAGCCAGGAGGGAGAGAAAGAGGAGGAAGUGGAGGAGGCGGAGGAGCAGCUUGAGGUGAUGGAACCGCCCUGCCAGCACUCCGGUCUGUUCACCGGCGACUCUCAUAGCCGCAGCAGCUCCAUCACUUCCUGGGAGAUUCUCCUUGGAAACACCCCGCUGACCACUUCCUGUGAGCUGAGCUCCAGGCGCUACAGCGCCCCGCUGGGUCAUGAGGGGCUGCAGCAGGAGCUGGUGGUGAAGGCCAUCCGAGUGAAGAAGAAGAAGAGGAGACGCCAUGACAGCAGCAGUGGGAACCGCCUCUCUGAGAGCAGCUGCUCAGACUCCAUGUUUGUAGUCCAGGACGGCAGCUGUAGUGACGGAGGAAGUGGAACUCCUCUGAGUGACAGAGCCUCCCUCCUUGGUCUUGACCUUCAGAACCAGCACCAGAUCUCACAGAAAGCAGAGGGUGUAAAGGAUGGACAGAAGGCGGAGUCUUCCUCCAACCAGUCUGACUCCCUGCUCUUCCAGGGUCUGGAGAAUCCAGGAAAGGCCUCUGGUCCUGGUCCCGGUGCAGAGGCGGAGGUUGUCCCCCCGACCCCGGACGUGGAUCUGCUGCUGGAGUGUACCUUCUCCUACUUGCACAAUGCUGAGGAGGAGGUUGAUGAUGGACAGGAGCAGCAGCCAAUGGAGGAGCAGGAGGAUGAGUUUAUGAGCCCUCUGAUUGGACCAGAGGAAGAGGAGGAUGAGAUUGAGGACCAGGUCCCCCCCGCUGUUCUGGCAGACCAGAUGUUUUACUCCACUGUGUCCAGUCUGGACAGAAAACCCAGUAUGUCCAGUGAUGAAGAGGGAGACAUCUACUGUCCCACUCUGGCCCCCACUGGCAGCAGUGGGGAAGUCCUCGACCAUCCGUCUCAUCAGAAGGAGAAGACCACAGACCAACAGGUAGACCACGAUGCUAAGGACAGAGACACACUCAAACCUGACCAGUUGGCAGAAAGCUGGAUGGGUUACUCAGGACCAGGAUGUGGAAUACUGAGCCUGCAGGUGACUGACAGGUAUGUGUGGUGUCUGGACUUUAAAGGAGGACUGUUCUGCAGCAGUCUACUUGAAACUGGGCUCAACUGGCAGCGCUUUGAAGACAACGUCCACCAGGUGGCCUUGUCACCCUCAGGUAACCUGCUGUGGAAGGUGGAGCAGAGGAGCAUGACGGCAUUUGCUUGUGCUAAGGUCUCAGUCAAAGGAAAACGUCACUGGUACAAAGCUGUGGAGCAAACGACCUUCGUGGCUCUGAGUGACGACUCGGCCUGGAUUAUCAGGACCAAUGGAGACCUCUACCUGCAGACAGGUCUCAGCGUGGACCGGCCCUGUGCUCGCUCAGUGAAGGUGGACUCUCCCUGUGUGUUCACCCAGGUGUGUGUGAGCGGAGGUGUGGUCUGGGCUCUGAGCGAACACAAAGCUUUGUUCUACAGAGAAGGACUGAACAGCUACUGCAGUGAGGGAGAGGGCUGGAAGUACGACACCGUCAGUGAGGCUCAGGGUCUGGAGUUGAUGUGUGUUGCCCUGGCAGAAGGUGGUACAGCCUGGGCGCUGGAUGCCAGCGGCAGCCUCUGGUUUCGAACCGGCAUCUGUUCAUCCAGACCACAGGGCGACGACGACCACUGGUGGCAGAUCAGUAUUUCAGACUAUGUGGUCUUCGAUCAGGGCAGUCUCUUCCAGACGCUGCUGCAUGCCACCCAGAGCGUUGCCACGGUUACCAGGGCACCGGUGGAGCGUGUGGUGGCCUUCCUGUCGCAGUACUCGCAGUGCCAGCCGAGCUUGGUCAGCGCCAAUGGCAGCGGAGUUUGGGUCGCCUCGGGACGGAACCAGCUGCACCUGGCCCGGGGAAGUCUCGUGGGAACCUUCUGGCAGAACGUCGUUCCAAGAGGAACCGUCUCAGCCACCAAGUGGAGCUUCAUCACCUCUUCAGCUGUGCCUCACAGAGAAGGUACGUUCCUGUGGUUGGCUCAGAGCAGGAAGGAUCUGUUCUGUGUUUGGGACCAGGAUGGAGAGCUCCGUCCCUCGUCCAUCCAUCUGCCUUUUGAGAUGGAGCUGACUCAACUGUCUGCCUGUCGUGAUGCUCUGUGGGGUUUAGACACCCAUGGCCGAGUCAGUAUUCGUACGCUGUCUUCGUCCUGUCCCUUUGGACUCCACUGGACCCCCCUGGACCUCAACCAGCUCGGAAGUGUUCGUCUGGUCAGUGUGAGCUGUGGCAGUCAGAACGUCUGGGCUGUGGACAGUCGAGGAAUAGUUUACUUCAGAGUUGGAACGCAGCCCAUGAACCCAAGCAUGAUGCUACCGGCCUGGAUCCACAUAGAAACACCUGUACAGCCAAUAGGAGUGCAGCUGGUCCGUAUCCAGACGAGUCCUAACGAUCGUCUCCUCUGGGCUUUGAACAACAGAGGAAGUGUCUUCGUCAGGACCGGACUCAGUGAUGAGAUGCCUGUGGGGACGGACUGGGAGCUGGUACCAGGUUUAGUCGUCAGUCAGCUGGUCCUCAGCUCUCGGACCGUCUGGGUUCGCUGUGUCAACGGAGAUCUGGCUCGUCGUUACGGGGUCUCUGACCGAAACCCUGCUGGAGAUUACUGGAAGAAAAUCCCUGGAAAUGCCAACUGGUUAACUGUGACUCCAGAGGAUGAGUUGUGGGCGGUGACUCUGAUUGGUGGAUUGUCCCGUCGCCUGAUGAAGCUCCUCCCACAAACCCCCUGUUGGCCCGCCCCCUCAGGCUCCUCCCUCAGUUGGGAUGAUGUCGACGAUGAAUGGGAGCUCAUCUGACCCAUGAUGUCAUUUUGAUGCCAUCACUUCCUGUAACAUUUAAGGUUAUAGGACGUUUCUGAAACAAGAUGGCCACACAAAGGGAGCCCAGGUGGUUGCUGGUAAAUGACGUGAAUGUUUUAUUUUAGUUUUAACAGGAAGCACUUUAAUAAGAAGUUGACUACAGAGGAACUGGUCCUUAAUGGUUCUGACUCAUUCUGGUUUAGUUCAGUCUGGUUGUUGAAGGCAUUAAGGGGACAGUUCACAUUUUAACCAUGUUUCAUUCAUUUUAUUUUAAAGUAGUUCAGACCGGUUCAGACUGGUUUCAACUUGUUCUUACUGGUUCUAAAUCCUCUAAUAUUUAUUCUGGUGUGGUUCAGACUGGUUCAGACUGGUAGUAGAUUGAUUAUUUUUCUCCAAGUUUAGUUCAUUCUGGUCGUUAAGGACAUUAAAUGGACAUCAGACAGUUAAGAUUUCUCUAUCCUGGUCCAGUCUGGUCAAACUGUGUUAAACGGAUUAAACUGGGUUUAACUUAGUUAAAAUGGUUAAACUAAGUUAAAAAAAGAUUAAAUUAAGUUAAACUGGGUUAAAGUGAGUAACAUUGAGUAACGCCGAGUUAAACUGAGGAACGGCGAGUUAAACUGAGGAACGGCGAGUUAAACUGAGGAACGGCGAGUUAAACUGAGGAACGGCGAGUUAAACUGAGGAAUGGCGAGUUAAACUGAGGAACGGCGAGUUAAACUGAGGAAUGGCGAGUUAAAAGGUUAAAUUAAGUUAAACUGAGGCAGGAGCCCCGCCCCCUUAAUUUUGAAAACCAUGUAAAUUAGUUUGUUGUCCUAGAAGUUUAACUCUUUAAAUAAGAUUUCAAACUACAUCUGGACCCUGGUUGACUGUGGUGUACUCUAAUGCACCCUGGUGGACUGUAAUGGACCCUUGUGGACUAUAGCAGGCUCUUAAUGGACCCUGGUGGACUGUGGUGGACUCUGAUGGACCCUGGUGUACUGUAGCGGGCUCUAAUGGACCCUGGUGGACUACAGCAGGCUCUUAAUGGAACCCGGUGGACUGUGGUGGACUCUAUUGGACCCUGGUGGACUGUGGUGUACUCUAAUGGACCCUGAUGGACUAUAGCGGGCUCUAAUGGACCCUGGUGGACUCUAAUGAACCCUGAUGGACUAUAGCAGACUCUAAUAGACCCUGUUGGACUCUCAUGGAUCCUGGUGGACUAUAGCGGGCUCUAAUGGACCCUGAUGGACUACAGCGGGCUCUAAUGGACCCUGGUGGACUGCAGGGGACUGUUAACCUGCAUUGAGGUUCAGGUCUCAGGUCUGAACUGGGUCUAUAUUUAAAACUCAUCAUCGUCUCUCCUCUUAGUUUCCGAUAGUUGCCAUGGAAACCUUCACAGGUGUGACUCUAUUGUGACGUCAUCGUGAUGUCAGCUGGUUGAUUGAUCUGCUGCUGACCAAUAAGAAUUCAGUGUAAACUCACCUGUUGUAUGAUGACAUUAACUUAAUAAACAUGUUCAAACAC